AUGUCUAUGAAUUCUGGGCUAGACUCUCCAUUUGGGCAACAACGCAAAAAAACAUCUCGUUCGAACAGAGUAACUUGGAUAGCAAGUGAAGGAUUGACUAAUUAUUUAAGACGAAAAAUUCAAGACGAAACAUCUAAAGAAAUGCAGACGUCUCAUUCAUAUCAAGAUUUUUCUUGCAUACCCGAACAUGAACUUUAUUGUCAAAAUCCAGACACGAAGGGAAGGAGACUGUCGUACCAACGUGCCGUGUCGGGUGAAGACCCAGUCAUGCCAGUAAGAUACUCGUAUCAAGACUCUACAUUAAGAAGAAGACAUCCGAAAGCAGAAAAUGUUGAGGUUCAUAGUGAACUUGGAACUUAUUUGGCGGAGUUCACUCAAAAGGGAGUGCCAACAUUGCGAUGUUUCGAAAUCGCGCAAGUUCCUGACGAAUCUAUUGCUUACUUAUUGUGGGCUACAAAGCUGAAGAACAUUGAAGAAAUUUUUGACUGGCAAAGGAAGUUGUCGCGUAGCUUCCCUCUACGACGUAACCAGUCGGAAUAUUUAAAACAUCACAUUAGGUCCGACCUCACUUCAAAU